GCCCAUCAAAGCCCAAUUAGCCCCCGGCGCUAGGUCUUGUGGUUUGUCCUUCCGCCCGAGGGGGCGGCGCCGCCGCCGCCGCCAUGGAUGCUUUCAGUGUUUUAGCUUUUUAUCGAGAGCGUACUUGGUUUUAGCCAGAAAUUUCUCCCCUCUUUCUGUCCCCGUAUUGUUCUGCUCUGUUAUUACUGAUUGAUUUUGGUACCUCAGGAUAUUCCCGACUUCGAGAUACCAGUAAUGGCGGAUGAAGAGGAGUAUUAUGGAUUGAUGCUUCAAAUCCAACAGCACGUCCGGAGCGUCCAGUCAAUUCCCUUGUAUGGCAAACCAGUUACGCCUCCGGUACUUGAUAUCAGCGAGGAAGUGUUCUACAUCGUACGACUGAUGAGUGAUCAGACAAAUGAUCACGUCGAUCAGUUGUUUCGAUCGUCAGACAUGUACUAUUUGGGUUUCAAGCCAGUCGAUGCAAUCGAGUACUUUGCGUUUGCAGAUACUCCCUCCGUUCGGUAAUAGAUGACCCCGUCGUAUUUUUUGCGAAACAGUCCUUCUAUUUUUUCCGACCAAUCCCGCGGUCCUCCGCUCCCGACAUAGAACUCCGUCGCUCACCAUUCUUGCUCGCCCGCUCGCCGUCUUGGCUCUCCGACGCCGCCCCCCACCGCCUUCCUCCCUCCCCCGCCCCACGCCGCCUUCCUCCCCCGAACCACGCUGCGAUGCUGCCGGCUCGUCCCCCUCCUCGUUCCCCACCGUCUCAAGCUUCAAUUUUUGCCACAUCGCCGGUGGUUGAUCUGCCGGCAGAAUUGCGGGCGGCGGCCUGGAGCGGCAGUACGCAAGCUCUGACUCCAUACCGAGCCAGCCGGCACACCCGCCAAGGAGCUCCGCCAGCCGCUGCCCUAGCGCCCGCGGCCGUCAAUGCGUGGUCGGGCGCCGCGUCGAUGUUGCCGCUGCUCGGCGCCGCCGUCGCCGACUCGUGGCUCGGCCGGUACCGCACCAUCGUCGCCUCCUUCGUUAUCUACAUCACGUGGCACAAAGGCGAGCUACCUUGGCGUGCAGAAGAGGCCCCCGUCCCUUGCCUUGUGCCCGGCGACCAACAACUGCGUGUCGACGUCCGAGAGGAUAAGCAAUUCCAAUCACUACGCUCCCCCAUGGCAACCAUCUGUGUUCAGUUCUUUCACCAUUGAUCAUGAACCACAUUAUAUGAUAAAUUCAGUGAGUAAGAAAUUGCAGAGUCCCAAAUAUGACAAAAAUGACAUCUGCAUUUUCUAAAAACAAUUUAGUUGCAAUACAAUGUCAAUUACCUGAAGCAGCACAUUCGGAUUUAGUUGCAAUACAAUGUCAAUAGUUGCAAUACAAGGUCAGUUAGUUGCUUCAUUUGUUAUUAUUAUUAUUACCACUGAUGUGUUUCUAGAAGAAACAAUUAUUACUCCUAAUUCAUGCUCACACAACCACUUCAUGCUCAUACAAUCAUACAAGUUGAACCACAUAGUUAUUGACACAGAGAUUGCCAUGUUGCUAAUAAA